CAAGGAUAGUCAAUAAUACACGUAUCAAUUGGUCAUGAGGACCGCACAAGAGGAUUGUCACAACAUUAACAUAUAUAAAUAAAAAGAAAUUUCAUUUUUAUUUUAUCUAUAUACAUUACCAUACUGAUAGAAGUUUAUUUCUGUUAAUAGCUAAAAUUCAACAACUGAGAUUACAUACAUUCAGAGUAUCUAAUAUAUUUCAUAAAUAAUAAAUUUGAAAUAGAUCUGUUUCCUUUAUUGUUAAAUUAUUAUGAAUUUCCAAAUUUGUUUCCUUCAUUCGUACCAAUAUAAAAAGAUACACAACAAUAAAAAGGUUAACCAAGCUCUGAGAUCAACUUACAAAAUGUAUUCAAUCCCAAAUGGUUUAAACUCUUAUGGUGACAAUACUAUGAAUCUUCACGAUUCUGUUCCCACCCAAAUGAACUCCAGCUUUGGGGAUCCCGAGACUAAAAUGUUUCGGUCAAUGUUCACUACUUCUGUCAUCACAAACCAUCAUGGUUUGUUCUCUUCCUCUCAUGCUUCUAACUGUUAUCGAGAUUCAUCUUCUUUUGGUUUCAAUAAUUCACAUGCGGCUUAUCAGAUGAGAACCAACAUGGUCUCUGAUGUCGUUGAUUACUUUCCUAUUAACCAUAACCCACAAGUUUCUCAAGUCUCCAUCACCCAAACUAUCACAAGAAGGUACUCUGUUAUAGUUCCUACCCGUAGUUUGAUCACUGCCCAAAAUGAAUACGAACGUGCUAUGAAUCCCAACAUUUCAUAUCCUUCCUUUUACCCUCAAACUUUUGUUGACAAUCAGAGAACCCACCCUCAAACUUUUGUUGACAAUGAGAGAAACAUUUUAAAUCCUACACCUCUCAAUACCAUUUAUCCUAGGAAUGUACACCAGUUUUCUUUUUCACCAAAUCACCACCAUGAUCAACAUGUUCCUCAUCGUCGACCAGUGAUUAAACGUCGAAAAUUUGAAGAAAUUUUUGACGGUUUUGAUUUUGAGGAUAAUGGUGUAUACGAUGGUCGGACACAUAGCCUACCGUAUGAAAAGUACGGUCCAUAUACAUGUCCCAAAUGCAAAGACGUGUUUGAUACUUCACAAAAGUUUGCAGCGCAUAUAUCUUCUGUUCACUACAAGAAUGAGACGGUCGAAGAAAAAGCAAAGAGAUACAGCGCGAGGAACAAAAGAAGAUUUCGUAAGAUAGACCAAACGAUGCAUGACGAAUCUCAAAUGAUCCAACCCGAAGAAAGAGUUGUAGAAGAAAGCGGAAGCAAUAAUAACAUUGCAAGUGGCAUUGAGGCUUCCCAACAACAGCUGGUUGUUAAGGAAGAACCUACUUAUGAUGUUGUUGAUUGAUAUGUUUUCUGUUUGGAGUUUUAUCAUAAUAUAUAUGUAUCUUUUGUUGUUGUUGGAAUUUCAUCAUCCUUGUUGAUGAGUGAUUUAAUCACUGGGAUUAAAUCUCCGCAUUAGUGAAAAAAAUAAUUGAAUUAUUAUAAAUGUUUUGCGUUAUCUGUAGACUAUGGUUCAGUUAUAUUUUGUUAGUUUACUCCCGAAUUUCCUUCAUUUCAAAAAGAUUAAAUUGUUUAGCGGAUUCUAUUGCUAAGUUUGCUCUUUGUAACCCAACUCUUUAAUGGGCUAGGCUGGAAUGUCUUUUUCUUAGUGAAUCUUGUAAAAAAAAUCAAUAAAUUUCAUAUUUCGCAAGAAUUAUAUUGUAGUUUUAAAAUUAGUUUAAUUUAAAUCAAUAACUAUCCAACAGUGUAACCAUUAUAUAAUUUCGCAAGAAUUAUAUUGCAGUUUUAAAAUUAGUUUAAUCUAAUCAAUAACUACCCAUGUAACAUUUUUUGGGGUUUAAUGAUAAGGUUUAGAUAUAUAGUGAUUCAUAAACAUCUAUAGUUCACCAAAAAUAAAGAUAUAUAUAUAUAUAUAUAUAUAUAUAUAUAUAUAAUUUUUUGAACGAAAGUUAAAUUUAUUCAAUCCAAAAUAUUUUUACAAUGGAUGCUUCGUUAACUCAGAAAAAAACAGAGCUAGACUAAUAAUCUCUCUAUAUAUUAAAAGAGAAGUCAAUUUAUUGAGGUCUGGUGACGUGUCGUUCAUAGAUGAAGUUUCAAAAAAAUUGUUAUAAUUGGAUUGGUCGAUUGUUUUUAAUUUUUAUUUAUUUAAAUUAGAUUUAAAAAUUUAAGGUAAGUCUAAAAACAUUUAACAUCACUUGCCAUAUAAUUUAAAGAAUAUUA